UCUGGGACACCAGGGCCAUCUCCUAUGCAGGAUGUGUUGCACAGCUCUUUUUCUUUGUCUUCUUCAUCUCAGCAGAGUAUUUCCUUCUCACCAUCAUGUCCUAUGACCGCUACGUUGCCAUCUGCAAGCCCCUGUACUACGGGACUCUGAUGGACAGCACAGCUUGUGCCACCAUGGCAGCAGCUGCCUGGGGUGCUGGGGUUCUGAGUUCCUUGCUGCACACUGCCAGUACGUUUUCACUGCCUCUCUGCCAUGGGAAUGUUGUAAACCAGUUUUUCUGUGAAAUCCCCCAGAUCCUCAAGCUCUCCUGCUCAGCCUCCUACCUCAGGGAAGUUGUAAUUAUCAUUUUUAGUCUAAGUUUAGCCUUUGGGUGCUUUGUUUUCAUAGUUGUGACCUAUGUGCAAAUCUUCAUGGCCGUGCUAAGGAUGCCCUCUGAGCAGGGAAGGAAUAAAGCCUUCUCCACGUGCCUCCCUCACCUGGCCGUGGUCUCCCUGUUUCUCAGCACUGCCUUUUUUGCCUAUCUGAAGCCCCUCUCCACUUCUUCCCCACUUCUGGAUCUGACAGUGGCACUUCUGUACUCAGUGGUUCCUCCAACACUGAACCCUAUUAUCUACAGCAUGAGGAACAGGGAGAUCAGGCAUGCUCUCAGGAAGGUGUUACAAUAUGAACUAUUCCAGCUUCCAUAGUGAGUACAUUUUCACCACACAAUUCUCUGUGAUGGUUCUUUCUGUUUUAGGGUAUUUAGAUUUUUUGAUUGCUUAUGAUAGAGUAACCUGCAAAAAAUGUUGCACUUUAUUUCACUACU